AUGCAGGAGGCAAAUUGGACCCAAGUGUCUGAAUUCAUUCUCUUAGGAUUCUCAGAUCGAUUGGAAGUGCAGUUAAGUUUUUUCUUGCUCUUUCUACUCAUUUAUCUACUGACUGUAAUAGGAAACCUGGGUAUGAUUGUGCUGAUACAGACAGAUUCCCUCCGACACUCUCCAAUGUAUUUUUUCCUUACUAACCUGUCCUUCAUUGACAUGUGCUUCUCCUCCUGUGUUACACCCAGGUUUCUAUAUGAUCUCCUCAUGAGCAGGAAGGUGAUUUCAUAUAAUGCAUGUGCAACCCAGAUGUGGUUCGCUGCCACCUUUGCCACAACAGAGUGUUAUCUUUUAGCUGCCAUGGCUUAUGAUCGCUUUGUGGCCAUCUGUAACCCACUGCUUUAUCCAAUCAUCAUGACCAAAAACACCUGUGUCCAGCUUGUGUUUUGUUGCUACCUGGUGGGGAUUGUGAUUUCAAUUGUUCAUACUGCUAGUAUAUUCAAUCUCUUUUUCUGUGGCCCCAAUGAGAUCACCUCUUAUUUCUGUGACAUUCCCCCUUUGCUACGACUCUCCUGCUCAGAGAAUCAUGUUUCCCAGACAAUACUGUUUGUCCUUGCUGCUUUUGUUGUGGUAUUGAAUGCAGUUAUUGUUCUCAUCUCCUAUAUCUGUAUUCUUUCCACCAUCUUGAGGAUGAGGACAUCCACAGGCAAACGAAAGGCCUUCUCGACCUGUGCUUCACACCUGAUGAGUGUUGUUCUGUACUUUGGGACAAUGAUCUUUAUGUAUGCUCAACCUGGAGGGCUUGAGGCAGUGGAGCAAGACAAAAUAGUGUCAGUUUUCUAUACCAUUGUGAUCCCCAUGCUUAACCCUGCUAUCUACAGUCUGAGAAAUGAGGAGGUGAAAAAAGCCCUGAAGAAAAAACUGAACAAGAAAAUCUGUCUUCAUCAGCCAAAGUUUUGA